UUUUUAAUAGAACCUUUUUGCUAAUAGAGGUUUUUUUGCCUUUUUCCCUUUGUUUUUUCUGCCAAUAUUUCUCUGUUAAAUUCGUUAAGCUUGUUUCCUUCUAAACACAAAGUAAUUUUGAAGAGGGUAAAGUUACUGUACUAAGGACCCUUGCCCUCAUGAGGAACGAGGGACAGUGAGAUUCAUUUCAGAAAUCUGAAUCUCGAAGCUAUUCAUUUGAUUUAUUCUAAUUAGAUUAGAUUUGAGGAUGAAUUGUAAUUGAUUGAGUCUGGGAAUAUUGGUCUUCUACAAUGAAGAGGCUAAUUGAGCUAGGGAGAAAAGCUUUAUUCUACGCUAGGGUUCUGUCCGGCUACGAAGAGCGAAGAAUUCGGUCUUAUCGGUUACAGCUUCAGCAGCGUCUUCAGCAGACGGAAGAGAAAAAGGCUGCAAUAAGAAGAGUGCCAGAACAAAUAAUUUUAUCAGAGGUCCGUAAUAUGGUGAAAGAGAUGCAAGCUUUGAAUAAGAAGCUAGAGGAAACCGAAACUCAAAUUAAUGAGUAUUUCAAGCCAAUUGAAAAGGAAGCUGAGAUUAUAAUGGAUAUGCAGCUUGAAAGGGAGGCAACUACAAUGACAGAUAUGAUGGCAGAAAUGCACAGGCAGGCUUUGCUCCAACAAAUUGAAGUGGAGAAGAAAAAAGCCACCCAAAAUCUGGAGAAGAGCAAACAUUUGCAAGAGAGUGAAUCCUCCACUUCUCAACCAGAAAGAUGACUUUUUAUGGAUAAGAUUAAGUCAUGCUCAAUUAGAUUGUGUAAAAGUGAGCCUGCAAACUGGUGCUAGAUUUAGAGUGUUACUUUCUCCAUACUGACAGAGUGACAUCAAGAAAGAUGGGUUCUUGAUAUCCUUUUAAUAAGCAGUUUUUUUUGUUCCCAACACCUUUCUAUCUUCCCUGAAACAAUGAUGUUAUUAGACAUUCAAGUAUAGUAUAAAAAAAUGGCAUGUCAUUUUUUUUAUCGGAUUCCUCUAGUGUCUGGCUGCUCAUCUGAUUAGAGUUUCAUUGCUUCUUAAAAGUGGCC